AUGGCUGCCCAGUCUAAUCCCAGAUCGAACAGCCUAUUGCGGCGGGUGAUAACAGCCGCUUUGGAUCGUGAAGAGAAUUCCUAUCCUCCGAUGGCAGCCCAUCUUGCUGCCACGCGUGGGGAUGGAAACAGUACUCCUGACCUAGAGCGUGGACCAUCCAAACGUACAACCGGUCUCACAGUGUUGCCAAACGACCCUGAUAGUCUUAUCCCAUCCAACGAUAAGCUGCUGAUCUUCCGUGCCUUGACCGGUAUUGACAGUGUCCCGGCCCUCACGUCUGGCGGACAUCUCCUUCGAAGCGCACCAAAUGUCGGCAUCUAUACGCGUGUUAUCCGAAAUGAAACCAAGGCUGCUCGUGCCUACAAAAUCUUCAACCUCCUCAUCAACACAUGUUUGGGUAUUCAAAUUGUCGUCGCUGCUGCAAUUACUGCUACUGGCGCGGCUAGUGGACCUCAUGCUGCCAUCACUGCAUUUGGCGCAAUCAACACCAUCAUGGCGGGCAUCCUCACCUAUCUCCGUGGUUCUGGUCUUCCCGACCGUUUGAAGGGCUACCAAAACAAGUGGAAGAAUAUUCGAGAGUACGUUGAGCAACGUGAACGAGAAUUCUGUUUGGUUGGCUGUACCCUCGACGUUCAAGAAGAGGUCUUUAUCGUGGAAAGCAUGUACCAGAGCAUCAAGUCGGAGAUGGAAACGAAAACGAGUAGUGGCGACAAUAGGGGAUCUCAACCAGAUGACCCCCGAAUUCGUCGCUCUCUUCUACCUACCUCGAAUAAUCUCAGCGGCCACCGAGCCUCCACGACUCCCGUCACUCGCGCUGAUGCGCAUCGGUCUGACUCUGCCGAUGAUCAUGAGCCUGUGAGCCCAAUCAGCUCGCCGGCUCCUGUUCAUGAGAAGAUUUGA